CUCGAUCGCUUGCCAUGCACCUCAAAGUCGUUGUAACUAGAAGAGCUAGCGAUCACUAAGAUCGAGCUGAUCAAAGUGCGAGCAGCUAUCACUAGCUAACAGUGAUAAGUAAGCUACCACGUGCGUACUAACCGAUCGAUCACUAAGAGCGAGCAGCUAUCCAGGAGAGAGAGAUCGACGAGAUGGCUCUUGCGUCGGUGUCCAAGGUGGUGCUCGGGUCCGUCGCGUUCGGGGUGUUCUGGGUGCUGGCGGUGUUCCCGUCGGUGCCCUUCAUGCCUAUCGGCCGGACGGCGGGGGCGCUGCUGAGCGCGGUGCUCAUGAUCAUCUUCCACGUGAUCAGCCCCGACGACGCCUACGCCUCCGUCGACCUCCCCAUCCUCGGCCUGCUCUUCUCCACCAUGGUCGUCGGCACCUACCUCAAGAACGCCGGCAUGUUCAAGCACCUCGGCCGCCUGCUGGCGUGGAGGAGCCAGGGGGGGCGCGACCUGCUGUGCCGCGUCUGCGUCGUCACCGCGCUCGCCAGCGCGCUCUUCACCAACGACACCUGCUGCGUCGUGCUCACCGAGUUCGUCCUGGAGCUUGCCGCCGAGCGCAACCUCCCCGCCAAGCCCUUCCUUCUCGCGCUCGCCUCCAGCGCAAACAUCGGCUCCAGCGCCACGCCCAUCGGCAACCCGCAGAACCUGGUCAUCGCAUUCAACAGUAAGAUUCCCUUCCCCAAGUUCCUCCUCGGCAUCCUGCCCGCCAUGCUCGCCGGCAUGGCCGUCAACAUGGUCAUGCUCCUCUGCAUGUACUGGAAAGACCUCGCGGGCAUCAGCCCUGAGCUCGUCGCCGCUAGCAAGCAGAUGGAGGCUGUCGAGGAGGGCCGGGUGUCGUCGCCGUCCUCCCAGGAGCCACCGUUCAAGAGCCCGAAGCUGACCAACGGGGACUACUACUCGCCGUCCAUGAUGACGGAGAACAUCUCCACCAAGCACCCCUGGUUCAUGCAGUGCACGGAGCAGCGCAGGAAGCUCUUCCUCAAGAGCUUCGCCUACAUCGUCACCGUAGGCAUGGUGGUCGCCUACAUGGUGGGGCUCAACAUGUCGUGGACCGCCAUCACCACCGCCAUCGCCCUGGUCGUCGUUGACUUCCGCGACGCUGAGCCGUGCCUGGACAAGGUGUCCUACUCGCUGUUGGUCUUCUUCUCGGGCAUGUUCAUUACGGUGAGCGGGUUCAACAAGACGGGUCUCCCGGGGUCCAUCUGGAACUUCAUGGCGCCCUACUCCAAGGUCAACAGCGUCGGUGGCAUCUCCGUCCUCUCCAUCAUCAUCCUGCUCCUCUCCAACCUCGCCUCCAACGUCCCGACCGUGCUGCUGAUGGGCGGGGAGGUGGCCUCCGCGGCGGCGCUGAUCUCUCCGGCCGCCGUGACGAGGUCGUGGCUGCUGCUAGCAUGGGUGAGCACGGUGGCGGGCAACCUGUCGCUCCUGGGGUCGGCGGCGAACCUGAUCGUGUGCGAGCAGGCGCGCCGGGCGCCGCGCAACGCCUACGAGCUCACAUUCUGGAACCACAUCAUUUUCGGCGUCCCCUCCACCCUCAUCGUCACCGCCAUCGGCAUCCCCCUCAUCGGAAUGAUCAACGUCUAGCCCGCCCGGCUCACCGGCCGUCAGCCACCAACGCCGGCCUGACCAAUUAAGGCGUCUACAGUACGUGCAUACAUACAUAUAUAUAUGCAUGGCCUGCGUACCGAAGCUCGAACAUCACAUGCAAUCGUAUGUUAGCUUGGUGUAUACCUACGAGUAUAAUUGCACGUACAGUGCUUUUGUUAAUUCCGUAUGUGGUGUAUGGCUUAAAGAAUUAAUCAACACAAUUAAGUCGCUCC